AUGGCGGCAAUCAACGAGCCCCCGUUAGACGAGAUACAAUGGCGACAUCCGGUGCUGGUGCAGUCCAUGCAAGGCAUCCACUCGAAUUCGGUGCUCUUCUACUUCGCCGAGUCGCCCUUCUUCGACCGCACAUCCAAUAAUGCCGUGCUCGCGAGCCAGGCCAUGUUCAACGCUAACAUGUUCCACCUGAUCCAGACGCGCGAGGCCUUUGAGGGCCGCCUGAGGGAGAUGUCCGGCUUGGAGUUCAUAGUGGCCCAGGAGCCCGCCGAGAUGGCGCCCGGGACGGGCACGGGAGUCUGGGUCAUCCGCAAGCAGACGCGCCAGAAAAGGGAAAACGCCGAGGACAAGAUCACAAUACAUUCAACCUACUACGUUAUUGGGGAGAACGUCUACAUGGCACCUACGCUGGCCCAAGUCCUGGGCUUCAGAAUGGCUACUGUUGCUUCAGCACUGGGCAAGUGCUUCCCAGCCGCAGACAACGCAAGGGCUUGGUCACCUUCGCUUGGACACCUAUACAAGACGGCUCCUGCCGUCACAAAUCCGCGCACCCGGAACCUCGAAUCCAAGGAAGCGACGCCGAUGCCCGAGAGCCAGGGCAGCAAAGGCGCGCUGGAACCUAAAAAGACCACCCGGCAAGCCCUCGACUCGCGGCUUGCAGAGCACUCCUUCAUGGUGCACAUGCAACACGGCGGAGACUACAUGGACGAGAACCCGAUCACCGGCAAGCCGGGUGAAUUCCAUCUCUCCUCGACGGGACGCAAAGACAACAUGAAGCUGCAGAUCCCGGGCAUUACAGCCCUCAACACGUCGUUCAAGAGCCCUGCCACGCCAGAGGCAGGUAAGAAAGACGCAAAGGCGGGCGACAAGACUCCGAAGACUCCUACUGGGACGUCCAAGUCUAAGCGGAAAAGAAAGUCGGAAGGAGGGUCGGCGAAAGAUACCACGACAAAUAACUUGACCACAACGCCUACCAAGACACCUACCAAGGAGCCUACCAAGACGCCUACCAAGACGCCUAAGACCAAGCGAGGGAACCUAAACACGGGUAAAAUGCCUCCGCCGACGGAUUCGUCUUUAGGCAUAGGCAAGCCGGCGAAAGAAACCACGACAUAUAACUUGACCACAACGCCUACCAAGACACCUAAGACCAAGCGGAGGAAGCUGAACACGGGUAACAUGCUUCCGCCGACGGAUUCGUCUUUAGGCAAAGGCAAGCCGGCGAAGAAGAAGACGAACAAAUAG